AACACCACCACCACCCAACACAACACCACCACCCACCCACCCAACACAACCAUCAACAACUUCCUACAACCAAACUCACUCGGCCCGCCUUCUCCCGUUUCCGCAGAGACAAACCCCGCCACACACACGGGCCAAGAGAUUGAACGGGGUUGUUGUUGUUAUUAUUGUUGUGUUAUUUCGACGAAGCUCAGACGAAGAUCUCACGUAGGCUGACGGUGGUUGUGGUGGUUGUGGUUGGUUGUGGUGAUGGCGCCCUACCCGGCCCUGCGGUGCUGUGUGCGGGUGGUGAAUUGGGUGCCGGUCGUCUUCAUCGUCCUCGUCGUCUGCUGGUCAUACUUCGCCUACGUCGUUGAGCUCUGCAUCUUUACUGUGCAAAACAUCGGCGAAAAAGUGGUCUACCUGCUAAUAUUCCACGUGCUGUUUGCUGUCUUGGUGUGGUCCUACUGGAAGACGAUAUUCACAGAGCCACAGGGGCCGCCAGCCGAGUUCUCGUUACCGUACACGGAGCGUGAGCUGCUGGAGAGGGAGGGCCGGGAGGACGGGCGCCAGGAGAUCCUCCAGCGAGCGGCCGCGUCGCUACCCCUGCACACACGCACGCUGGCAGGGGCUAUCCGCUACUGUGAGAAGUGCAACCUCAUCAAGCCGGACCGCUGCCACCACUGCUCCACUUGCGAAGCGUGUAUCUUGAAGAUGGACCAUCACUGCCCAUGGGUGAACAACUGUGUGGGGUUUGCCAACUACAAGUUCUUUGUGCUCUUCCUGGCCUACUCGCUCCUCUACUGCGUCUACGUGUCCGCCACCGUGCUGCAGUACUUCCUCAUGUUCUGGCGGGUGAGUACGCGGGGCGCCCUGCCGGACGACCAGGCCAAGUUCCACGUCCUCUUCCUCUUCUUCGCCGCCGUCAUCUUCGGGGUGAGCGUCGUGUCGCUCCUUGGGUACCACUGCUGGCUCGUGUGCAAGAACCGCUCCACCCUGGAGGCGUUCCGGGCACCCAUCUUCAGGCAUGGCCCCGACAAGAACGGCUUCAACCUGGGAGUGCGCAAGAACGUUGAGCAGGUGUUUGGGGACCAGGGCAGGUACUGGAUCCUGCCCGUGCCUAGCAGUCUGGGAGACGGCUGCUCGUUCCCCACGUGCCUCGUCGCUGCUGCUGCUGACGUCGAGACGGGCGGCUCCACCACCAGCCCUGCCCUGAGUGGGAACGGACAUCCCGAGCACGCGGGGCGCCCCUACGAGCCGCAGUCUCACCUCCUGAUGAGCGGCGGGGAGCAGCAGGCCUGGGGUGAGCGAGCGCACUCGGACGCCCGCAAACCCAUCAUGGAUGUGGAGCAGGACUAGGGAGACGGCGAGGUCGUCCGUCGGUUCGGAGGCACGGCUCACACAGAAUCCCUCGCCCAGUGGGGUUCGUCUUGGAGGUCGGCCUCAAGCGCAGUCGAGACGCUACUGCUGCUGACGAUGGUGAUGACGAUGGUGAUGACGAUGGUGAUGACGAUGGUGAUGACGAUGGUGAUGACGAUGGUGAUGACGAUGGUGAUGACGAUGGUGAUGACGAUGGUGAUGACGAUGGUGAUGACGAUUGUCAUCGUCGUGAUCGUGAUCGCGAUGAUGACGACGGCGAUGAUGAUGACGAUGAUGAUCGUGAUGACGAUUGUCAUCGUCAUGAUCAUGAUCGUGAUGACGACGGCGAUGACGACGACGCCGAUGAUGAUCGUUAUGACGAUCGUCAUCGUCAUGAUCAUGAUCGUGAUGACGACGGCGAUGACGACGACGCCGAUGAUGAUCGUGACGAUGGAGCCCAGAGCUGUCCACUCGUCGUGUUCUCGUAGGACUGAGCACGGAGCGCAGACAACGCUCUCCCUCUGCUGUGUGUCUGUGACUCAGCAUGUCUGUGUGUCUGUGUGUGUCUGUGUGUCUGUGACUCAAUGCGUGUCUGUGUGUCUGUGUGUCUGUGUGUCUGUGACUCAAUGCGUGUCUGUGUGUCUGUGUGUCUGUGUGUGUCUGUGUGUCUGUGACUCAAUGCGUGUCUGUGUGUCUGUGUGUGUCUGUGUGUCUGUGACUCAAUGCGUGUCUGUGUGUCUGUGUGUGUCUGUGUGUCUGUGACUCAAUGCGUGUCUGUGUGUCUGUAUGUCUGUGACUCAGCGCGUGUCUGCGUGUCUGCGCGUAUCUGCGUGGUCUGUGUGUCUAUGCGUGUCUGUGUGUCUGUGACUCAAUACGUCUGUGUGUCUGUGUCUGCGUGUGUCUGUGUCUCAGCGUGUCUGUGUGUCUGCGUGUGUCUGUGUGUCUGUGCGUCUGUGUGUCUGUGUCUGCGUGUGUCUGUGACUCAGCGUGACUGUGUGUCUGCGUGUGUCUGUGUGUCUGUGACUCAGCGCGUCUGUGUGUCUGCACGUAUCUGCGUGUCUGUCACUGCGUGUGUCUGUGACUGCGUGUGUCUGUGUGACUGCGCGUCUGUCUGCGCUACUGCGCGUGUCUGUGCGUGUCUGCAUCUUUUAUCUGCACGUCGGCGUGUGUCUGUGUCUGCGCGUCCCGGGAGGAGCGGUUAGCGCACUUGCGCUACAAACCAAGAAACCCGAUUCCCCACUCGCGGCCAACACCGGUGAGAACAAUCUGAACCGGUCCUGGGCCUCCCCUAGGCCGACUCGGCCUUAAAUAAGUCCCCCGGUGCGGUGUGUGUACUAAACACCGCCGAUGGGGAGACAAAGGUGGCUGGGCGGGCGUGAUGCUGUCCACCCACCCCCUCGUGUGCCGUGCUGCUAACAGCACUUGCCCCAACAGUCUGUUGAGGCUACACGGGGAGUGGCGAGUGGGGGGGGGGGGGGGCGAUCUUAGCGUGUGCGUCCGUUCGUCUGUAAUGCAGGGGGGUGGUCAGACGUCGCUUAGGGGAAACGUGUACGGCUUGACCGCACACCGCUCCAUUUUGAGUCUGAGCCGACCUAGGGGAGGCCCAGGACCGAUUCGGAUGAUCGUCACCGGCAUUGCCCAUGAGCGGGAAUCGAACUCGGGAGGCCGGGUUUGUUGCGGGGCGUAGCGCUGAGCCAGACGCGGCCGCUCCCCGCUACAAAGUCGACGAUCCCCGUGUAGCCUAUAACAGAGUGUUGGGGAAGUUCUGUUAGCGAGUAGCAGCAGCACCUAUGAAGGCCGGCACGGCACACGAGGGGUGGUGGGUGUCCAGCAGAGGUCGCAAACGGGUUUUGAUUCCUUACCCGUACCCUUACCCGGCUGCACCAGGGUCGCAAAUGGGUACCCGUACCCGGCCGGGUACAGGUAGCCAUUCCCUACCCGUACCCUACCCGUACUCUACCCGAAUUGAGUGACGAAACGGUGACUCGCCAGUGACUCACGGUCUACCCGUACCCGUACCCGGCCGCACCAGGGUCGCAAACGGCUACCCGUACCUGGCCGGGUACGGGUAGCCGGGUAUCGGGUAGGGUACGGAUAUCGGGUACCCGGUUGCGACCUCUGGUGUCCAGCCAGCACCACGCCCCAAACCCACCUUUGUCUCCGCACCAGGUACUCAUUUAAGCGUGAGUCGACCUAGGUGGCGAGCCGGGGAACGGUCGCGAUAUUUGUCACCGGUGCUUCGGUGGCCGUUAGCGGGCCAUCGAACUCGGGCCGCCGGGUUCGGAGGUGCGGCACUAACCGGACGGCAACACCCUGGCAAACGCAAUGCAUGCGGUGGGAAUGGCGUCGAUUUGAAGGUGAUUUUAUAUAUAUAUGCGGUAUGCAGAUUUGUAUUAUAAUGGUGGGGUAAAGCGUGGGUACUCGUUAAUCCUCCAGUACGUCUGGCCGAGAGUAGGAAGAGUAGGCCAAGCGACACUCGAGGGGCUCUGCGGAGAGCGGCCCUCUCGCGGAGGUACGGGCCGUACCCCUGUACCGUCAGUGACAGAUGAUGAGCCGGCUCCGUUGAAAUUCCUGGGUUCGAAUCCGGGUCUCAGCCACUGCCCGCACACCAAACUGGGGUUCUGAAGCGCAGCGACUCGCAUUGAGAGCCAUAGGCUCACACGGAGACCCAUAGACUCACACAGACACCCACAGGCUCACACGGAGACUCAGACUCAUACAGACACCCAUAGACUCACAAAGAGACCCAUAGACUCACACAGAGACCCAUAGACUCACACAGAGACCCAUAGACUCACACAGAGACCCAUAGACUCACACAGACACCCAUAGGCUCACACAGAGACCCAUAGACUCACACAGACACCCACAGACUCACACAGACACCCAUAGGCUCACACAGAGACCCAUAGACUCAUACAGACACCCACAGGCUUACACGGAGACCCAUAGACUCACACAGACACCCACAGGCUCACACGGAGACCCAUAGACUCGCACAGAGACCCAUAGACUCACACAGAGACCCAUAGACUCACACAGAGACCCAUAGACUCACACAAAGACCCAUAGACUCGCACAGAGACACACAGAGCCCUUUUAGACUCGCACAGAAUUGUAAUUACACACCGAAUGGUAGUGACGUUGCAUGAUGUUCCAUGAUAGUCUGCAGCAAAAUUAUGAACUU